GUCAGCCUGCAAGCCGCCGCUGACAAUUUUAUUUAAGGCGCUUCCAGUCCAAUUGGGCUGUCAGUCCUCGGUUCGCGAGUCUUCCAUUCCACAGGAGCAGGGCUCUCUUCUUCUCCCAUCUCAUCUCGCGCCGGGGGUCGCCUGAGGUCUGUUGAUGCUUAGUAUUAGCGUGUUGCUAAUCCUAGUGCGGCAGCAUACUGACUGAAUGGACAUAGGCUGCGUUGACUUAUUAUGCAGUGAAGCAUUCAGCUACAGUAUUCUGACUACAGAUGCUUCUGGGCUUUGAUUCUUCUGCACUUCCUAAUAGCUCGCCGGCAUGUCCUCUUAGCCUACUAAUGAGAUGAAUUUUAUUCCUUUGGGGUUUUGGUGGCAGAUCACAGAGAAAAUGGUGAAGGGAGUUGCUGUCCUCGCUGGCCCUGAUGUCAAGGGCACCAUCUUCUUUUCCCAAGAGGGAGACGGUCCGACCACAGUGACUGGAAGUAUCUCUGGCCUCAAGCCGGGGCUCCAUGGGUUCCAUGUGCACGCGCUUGGUGACACCACCAACGGCUGCAUGUCGACUGGGCCACACUUCAAUCCUGCUGGUAAGGAGCAUGGCGCACCUGAAGAUGAGAACCGCCAUGCCGGUGAUCUUGGGAAUGUGACAGCAGGAGAGGAUGGUGUUGUUAAUGUCAAUAUUACUGACAGCCAGAUCCCUCUCACUGGGCCACACUCAAUCAUUGGCCGGGCUGUAGUUGUCCAUGCUGACCCGGAUGACCUUGGCAAGGGUGGACAUGAGCUUAGCAAGAGCACCGGAAAUGCUGGCGGACGUGUUGCGUGUGGUAUCAUUGGGCUCCAAGGUUAGGUGUUAACCUCCGAGGCAAACACCAUCGAAGCGAGCACCUCAGGAGAUGCUGUUCCAUUUCCCUUGUAUUAAUUGGCUCCACAAUUUGGUUACUCCAAAUAAGCGCCUGAUCCAUGAUCAGAGCACAUGUCAUUUUGCAUAUGAACAAUAUUGCACAUCUCCUUAAGUGGUGGUUCCAACAAAUGCUUGUUUUUUAUAUGAUGAGCUCUCCCGUAUAAGUUAGAGCA